AUGCGUCAACCACACUCCCGUGUGUGGUGCGCUGGCGAUGAAAUGCCGGAUCCUUUCGUGAAAGGUGAAAUCCAUGAGAAGAAGGUGAUGCUGAGCGUCUGGUGGAGAGUUCAUGAAAUCCACCGUUUCGAACUGCUGUCGGACAACACGACAGUUACUGCCGAGGUCUACUGCGCUCAACUGCAAAGACUGGCCGACAAGAUUCGCAAGGAGCACCCGAAGCUCGACAACGUUCGCCUGCUGCACGAUAAUGUGCGCCCUCACAUCGCGAAGAAGACUUCCCAGAAAAUUCUGGAGUUCGGAUGGAAAGUUCUACCGCCCCCACCGUACAGCCCGGACCUCGCCCCGAGCGACUAA